AUGGUUCUUUCUGAAUGGACGGCCGCGGCAGGUGAGGAUGGGAAUGAGAUGGGGAGUGUGGGCAAUUUGCAGGGAGGUUCUUGUGAUGAGCGACGAUAUGUGUCAGGGUCUCCACUGGAUGGAUUGGCUAUGUACGAUGGAACUUGUCCAACGGUGGACAAGGAGCCACCAGUAGAUCCAUCCAUCCAGCAGACGUCAACCACGGAGUCCUUUGAUCCUCCCGCUCCUCUUCCCUCUCUUCACCAGGCCCUGGAUAUCCAACGCCCCGGAUCUACCUCAACCCACCGCCUCGUCUCUCGGCCAUCACGAAGCCACCACCAACCCCGCGCAGCCCCUUACCAAACCAGUCGACUCUCCAGCAUAACAAAAAGCAACGUCACCACACUGCCCAAACCACAAACCGCAAAAUCCUCCGACAACCCAAGAUCGCGAUUCCUCCACGAAGAAUUCAACAACGAAUACCUCAUCCCCCCAGGCCCAGCCCUCAACUUCACGCUCGUUGAAAUCCUGACCAUCUUGCCAAACUGGUUCCGCAACGGCGCGCUGGCCACUCGCUUCCUGAACAACGGCAUUUCGUCGGGGAUCCACUUUUUGAUUCUCCGCGAGCACCGGGUCCUGCGGUUGGCUAGCGAGACGCAGUGCGAGCGCGCGCGCGACAGCCUCUCGGAUGCAUACCGCAGGGUUAUGCGGAGGACAGAUCCGACGUGGACGAAAGCCCGGCAUCGGGUUCCACUGGGCUGGGAUAGCCGGGCUAUCGCGGUGAAUGGGGUUGUGCCUGAAGGAGGACGGGGGCAAGCGUGGGUGCCGCCUGCGUCUGUGGUGUUCAAGGCGCUGGCUAAUGGAAUGAAGAAGUUACCUGAAGGUGCGGACGCGGGCGAUCUUACGCGGGCGCUGGGAUUUGCCAUGGAGAACCAGAAGGAGGAUGGAUUUGGUGGGUGGAUUGACUUCCUGUUCCCGGAUGAUCUGCAGGGGAUUCUGGAGCGUGUGGGACGGACGCGGGUUACGGCGGAGCAUGCAGAUCUUUUCGCUGUUGCAAGAUAUGGCGAGAGGCUUCGAGAGGUGCAGCAGGCACGGUGGAAGUGGAUUGCUGAUAUGCGUAUGCAGCAGCAGGCAACUGAUAGUCGUUGCGAUCUUGAAGCUUUGACUCAACAGGGUGAUGAUCCUAAAAUACAACCACAUCCUGUAUCGGGGGUUCAGAUGCAACUUGCUUCACAGCAAGCCUGGAAUCCGUCUCAGCUGCAGCGUGGCCCGACGGCUGUGCCAUUUGGUUCGAAUGAUAGUCAGCAUGAUCACAGUGACCGGUCACAGGCCUUGUCCCAAGCAAACUUCCACUCUCCGUCCUCGAUUGCUGACCUGCAUUAUAAAUCAGCAAUGGCAUGGGCGGAUAUGGGUCCACUCGGCCUUGGACAGUCGAAUACUGGAGCAACUCGUUCCCAGUAUUUGCCACACAUCCAGCCCAAUCUAGAAGUGGCCUCUCCAAACCCAUACGGGGAUCAUCCUUCUUCCCAAUCAGAUGCUGACGCACAAAUGGUAGCAGCAGUCACCGCAUGGCUAGCUGAACAGAAUCUUAUCACACCUAGAGCAGAUGCAGGCCAGCAAAGUGGCGUCAUAGAGCUCGCCGCCCCGUCUCUAGAUAUCUCCGAAAUGCAGUCCGUGUCCCAAGACGAACCGUUUCCUCAAAUGGAAGUACGGGAAGAAUGGUAUGCCUUACCUGAUUCAACGGCAGCAGAAGCAGCGGUACCCACUGAAAUCACAGAAGAUGGCUCCGUUACCCCGAUUUCGGACGCCUGCCGCAUUACGGAGCUUGAAAACGAGAUCACUGAUCAAGCACUCCUUGCCAACGCAGGACCUGGGUAUCAGCUCUUCAACUGCGAUGAAUUGGACGCGAUAUGGGAUCCCACUCAUCCGUUCGGCACGACGGGCCUGCUGACGCCGCCGAAGGAUGUAUUGUUGUUUGGAGCUGAAACAAAUACUGCUCCCAUUGUAAAUCUGACCGGAAUGAGUGGUGAGCUUUCCGACAACGAUCAAGUGGAUGCCGGUGGUUUGCGCGCUGCUCCAUUGGGCACGCGCUUGAUCGACUGUGUCGAAGGCGAUGAUGUACACGAUAAGAGUGAUCUUGCGCGUGCUGUACGGUGGGCACGCGAGCGUGGAGAGUUGGGUCAGUACUUUGAUGUCAAUGACGUUGCAAACAUUGUUGAUGUCAUGAAGCGACAGGGCAAGUAUUGA